UGUUCUUUUGUGAUUGCUGCACUGCCCACUAUUUAACUGGAAGGAGAGCUAUUCCACACAAUUGUUUAUGCUUUUUCUUUGGUUGUUUUUUCCCCCAAAAUCUUGGGGGACAAUUGUUGUUGCAACAUGGUUUGGUUUCUGAUUCUCAUGUGGUUUGUCCAAGUGGGCAGUGUUCCCAUCACCAAUUUCACAAAUGCUACUACUUCAAAUGCUACUUUCCCUGCCACAGUGGACAAUUCCACAAACCCCAACAAUUCUACAAAUGUGACUUUCACUGCCACAGGUUCUACUGCCUCAAUGGGGACACGCCACAGACAAAAUGAUUGGCUUAAAACGCCUGAAACCAGAGAAGAGGACUUACAGUUUGACCUUGCUAUCAUGGAGGGAGACAUUCUGGUUUCGGAAGACCGAUUAGCUGUGAAGUCACUUUGGCCUGAGAAUGAAGGCGUCACUUCUAUCCCCUACAAGAUCAACGAUUAUCUGGUGGACAGAAAGGUAACUAUACUAGCAGCGUUCAAGAUGAUUUCAGACCAGACGUGUAUCCUCUUCCACGAAUACACCAAUGAGAUGAACUACAUAGACAUCAUCUCUGGGACAGGCUGUGCGUCGUAUGUAGGUUUUCAGGGCGGGGCCCAGUCUCUGUACUUCGGUAGAGUCUGUAACGUGGGGAACCUGUGCCAUGAGCUGAUGCAUGCCCUGGGCCUGCACCACGAGCACACACGGCCAGACCGUGACCAAUACGUCACCAUACAGUGGGACAACGUGGUGCCAGGAAAACAAGAGAACUUUAAGGUGAAGAAAGGAGACACUCAGGACCUGCCCUAUGACUACGACUCCAUAAUGCACUACGGAACAAACUACUUCUCAUCAAACCGGAACCCCACUAUUGACUCCAAGAAGAGGGGAGUCCAGAUUGGACAGAGAAAUCACCUGAGCCCCCUGGACAUAACACGCCUUAACAAACUCUAUCAAUGUGAAUAACAAUGAAGAACAUAACAUCGAAGAAGAUUUCAACACUGCUGCUGUCGACUGAAGAUUCCAACACAAAUGGCACUGACAUUUUAACUUCUCAACAAUGAAUAAGUUGAACAAGUCCCUUAAAGCUUUCUGAUGUGUUGUACGUGUGUUCAGCAGCAGGUAGUUUAAUUUGUCCCAUGUGCUCUUGCUGCCUUGAAUUAGGCCUAUUCCACUGCACUUGUCUUGGAAAUAAAUAAAAUGAUCUAGACUGAAAAUAA